GCAGUGUUCAAACAUCCUGACGUAACAACAUGGCCACCCACAUGUCCCUUGUUGACUGGGAGCUAGCUUGCUAAAUGAUGUUAAAUAAGACCGUGGCAUAAAAUGAUUCGAUCGGGAUUUGAUCAAUCCCAGAUCACAAAUAUGUAUUGUGCACACAAAGCGUUUGAAAAACGAGUUCAGUAGCGAACGAUAUUGAACGUCUAGAUGGGUAACCAACCCUCGAGCUAGCUAUGCUAGCUUGAGAACAAACAUAAACAUUCCUUUAAGGCUAGCUAGCUACGAAAUUGAAAGAUUAAUUUAUUGUGGGAAGAUGUUGGGUUUUCUAACAGCAAGACAGGCUGGACUUGACGACCCACUUCGUCUGAGACGGGCAGAGUCAACACGGAGGGUCCUCAAUUUAGAGCUGAAUCAUGACAGAGAUGUGGAUCGAAUCCAUAGCAAUGGCGUAAACACCAUAGACAUUGAAGUCAUUGAGGGCAGAUACAUGCUAUCUGGAGGGGCAGAUGGGGUGAUUGUGGUGUAUGACCUGGAGAACAACAGUGGGAAACCCCAAUACACCUGUAAAGCAGUCUGCACUGUAGGCAGGUCCAGUCGGUAUGUCCACAGGUUCAGUGUAGAGACAGUGCAGUGGUACCCACAUGACACAGGCAUGUUUGUCUCCAGCUCCUUUGACAAAACCAUGAAGGUCUGGGACACUGAGACACUAAAGCCCGCUGAAGUGUUCCAGUUUGAAGGAAACGUCUACUGUCACCACAUGUCCCCUAUUGCCAGGAAACACAGCCUCAUCGCAGUGGGUACCAAAGACCAGAAAGUACAGCUCUGUGACCUGAAGUCUGGCUCACGCAUCCAGGUUUUGCAGGGUCACAGAGGUGAGGUCCUAUCUGUUCGAUGGUCGCCAAGAUAUGAGCACAUUUUAGCUACAGCCAGUACUGACAGCAGGGUGUUGGUGUGGGAUGUGCGUCGGGCCUCAGGGAGCCUGUUCUCUCUGGAUCAACACAACGGGGACAAGUCCAAGGCCUCGUCAGAGGCAGUGAACACAGCCCAUAAUGGAAGGGUAAAUGGCCUCUGCUUCACGGUCGACGGCCUCUACCUUCUCACCACGGGAACAGACGACCGCAUGAGGCUGUGGAACAGUGCCAAUGGAAAAAACACACUGGUGAAUUAUGGGAAGGUGAGUAACGAAAGCCGUAAGGGGUUAAAGAUCACGGUGUCUCAUAGCUGCAGCCCGGAGUUUGUGUUUGUACCUUGUGGCAGCUCAGUGGCGGUGUACACUCUACACACCGGGGAACUCGUAACCAUGCUAAGGGGACACUACAACAACGUGGACUGCUGCCAGUUCCACCCCGACUACCAGGAGCUGUACAGCGGGGGUAAAGACUGUAACAUCCUAGCCUGGGUUCCUAUUGUACGACCACCAGACGUGGAAGAAGAAGGGACAGCCGCCAAGGGUGGGAGCCAGGCUACGGUGAAUCCUGCUUUUGAAGACGCAUGGAGCAGUGAUGAGGACUGAUGCAUAAGCACAACUGUACAGCCCUACUCCAUCGGACAUAGCUUUAGGAAUGUCAUCAUGGUGCUAGCUUUAGGAAUCUCAUCAUGGUGCUAGCUUUAGGAAUCUCAUCAUGGUGCUAGCUUUAGGAAUCUCAUCAUGGUGCUAGCUUUAGGAAUGUCAUCAUGGUGCUAGCUUUAGGAAUCUCAUCAUGGUGCUAGCUUUAGGAAUGUCAUCAUGGUGCUAGCUUUAGGAAUCUCAUCAUGGUGCUAGCUUUAGGAAUCUCAUCAUGGUGCUAGCUUCAGGAAUCUCAUCAUGGUGCUAGCUUCAGGAAUCUCAUCAUGGUGCUAGCUUCAGGAAUCUCAUCAUGGUGCUAGCUUUAGGAAUCUCAUCAUGGUGCUAGCUUCAGGAAUCUCAUCAUGGUGCUAGCUUUAGGAAUCUCAUCAUGGUGCUAGCUUUAGGAAUCUCAUCAUGGUGCUAGCUUCAGGAAUCUCAUGUUGCAUCUGAAGACAAACUGCAUUUGUAGUUUUUUUUUUAACAUCUACUGUGGAGUUGGAGAAUGAACCUUAAUAGACUUUGAAUCUCUGUUGUGAUAUCUGAUUUAUCUUUUAUUUUAUAUACAAAAUGGAUCUAGUGUAUGAAACAUUAGGAACACCUUCCUAAUAUUCAGUUGCAUUCCCUUUUGCCCUCAGAACAGCCUCAAUUUGUCGGGGCACCUCUACAGGUGUCGAAAGCGUUUCACAGGGAUGCUGGCUCAUGUUGACUCCAACCCACAGUUGUGUUAAUUUAGCUGGAUGUCCUUUGGGUGUUGGACCAUUCUUGAUACACACGGGAAACUGUUAAGUGUGAAAACCUAUCUGCGUUGCAGUUAUUGACACACUCAAACCGGUGUGCCGGCACCUACUACCAGCAGCAUACUACCAGCAGCAUACUGCCAGCAGCAUACUGCCAGCAGCAUACCGCCAGCAGCAUACCACCCUGCAUCCCACUGCUGCCUUGCCUCUGAAGCUAAGCAGGGUCGGUCCUGGUCAGUCCCUGGAUGGGAGAUCAGAUGCUGCUGGAAGUGGUGUUGGAGGGCCAGUAGGGGGCACUCUUCCCUCUGGUCUAUCUAUCACAAUACCACAGGGGAGUGAUUGGGGACAUUGCCCUGUGUAGGGUGCUGUCUUUCGGAUGGGACUUUAAAUGGGUGUCCUGACUCUUUGUGGUCAUUAAAAAACCCAUGCACUUAUCGUAAGAGUAGGGGUGUUAACCCUGUUGCCCUGACUAAAUUCCCAACCUGGCCCCACCUAAUCAUCCCCCCAUUCCUAAUUGGCAGAUAUCACUCCUCACCUCUCUAGCUGAUGUGUGGUGCGCGUUCUGGCACAAAAAUGGCUGCUGUGCACCACCCAGGUGGAUUCUACAUGUUGGUGGUAGAUGAGGUGAGUUUCCCCAUACUAUGUGAAGAGCUUUGAGUAACUCUGUUUGUAGAAAAGCGCUAUAUAAUUCCAAUCAAUUAUUAAUUACCAUACCCCGUUCAAAGGCACUUAAAUCUUUUGUCUCCCCCAUUCACCCUCUGAAUGGCAAACAUACACAACCCAUGUCUCAAUUGUCUCAAGGCUUAAAAAUCCUUCUUUAACCUGUCUCCUUCCCUUCAUCUACACUGGUUGAAGUGGAUUUAACAGGUGACAUCCAUAAGGGCUCUUAGCUUUCAGCUGAAUUUACCUGGUCAGUCUAUGACAUGGAAAGAGCAGGUGUCCCUAAUGUUUUGUACACUCAGUGUAUGGUGUUGAUGAUUCGUGCAUUAAAACCUAUGGAUGGGUAUCUGCACUGUGCAUUGAGUUGUAUAAUCUGUUUCUAUUGUCUGCCUUUGACGCAACAUGUACAUUGUACUUUACAUGGUGUUAAAAUCAGCUUUCCAUUAUUCCAAUGAUGACCAGAGUAAAACCAGCUGAACUGGAGCCAAACCUUUCCUCAUAGCGUCUUUGAACAUGACGUUCAAGAGACCCACCUUUCCGUCAUCAAUUCACACACAAAUAUUUGUCAGCCAUGUCUCUCUGUCUCUCCCCUACAUUUGCAUGAUUUAUUCUGUUGUCAUUGCUAAAACCAGCUCUGUAUUGUUGUUGUUAGAUGUGAUACUGAAAUCAGACUCACUUUCUCUCCUACUGGCAGCCUCAUGUUUACAUAUGAUUGGCUUGAAGGGCAUUAUUUCCCUAUAACUCACGGCAUAUUUGCAUGGUAGAAUGUUCAUGGUUCAAUGGCCAUAGUUCAUUCUAUGGCAAAAGUCGACUUGAAAACAUUGAUUUUGUUGUAUUCCAAAUGGCAACCUAGGACGGAUGAUUUGGUUAGCUAUAGUAAACUUGCCAGCUACUUCAGUGGAUGUUGAACACAUUUCUACCGGCAAAUUAACACAUUUCUAGUGACAAAUAUGUUAAAUUAUAGCCAUGGUAUAAUGGAGAUAAUCAACUCGGGGCUCUAUGCGUUCUCUGGAAAAUAACACCACUCUGUGGAAGGUCAGUUCCACUCUGCAUGGAACACACCUUCCACGUCAUUCAUUAUUUUCCAUAGAAUGCAUUGCCUCUCUUUGAUUAAACCCUUACAUACUUUUAAUCUCUAGGAAACCCGACCUACAAUUAAUCCUAUCAGUCCCGAGAUUCCAGCAAAAAUCUACUUUUCAUUUAUCUGACGUUAAUUUAUCUGUAUCCCUUAUAUUUAGCCUCACAAUUAAGUGUUUUACAGUUUUCUUUUCAGGAUAACCAGAUCUAUGGUUGCGUUCAUGGGUUUUAUUGACAUGUCAAUAAAAAAUAUUCCGCCAAAAACAUUGAAAUGAAUUUAAAAAUGAAUUGAUAUGAAUGCUGUAAGUACUGAAUUUGUUUGCUCACUGAGAAAUUAAUAUAAAUAUCCAACCAGU